GUUUUCUUAAUGUUGUUCCAAUUGGUUCGUAUCCACCUCAAUGUCGGUAGAACUAAUCUGUAUAACCAAGAAGAAUUAGCCAUCGACUGGCGCCGAGUUUUCGCCUUCGGGUCUUCCUCCCUUGUCCUGGCCCCUACUGUCCAUUAUUGGUACAUUUAUCUGGACGGAAUUGUUGCUGGAUCCCAAGUGUCAAUAAUCUUUAAGAAGCUGGGCUACGACGCUGUGAUCUUUUCUCCAAUUUAUAUUUUUCUAUUUUACUGUUUCCAAAGCGCUUUUGAGGGGACCUGUUACGCUGACUGCUUCCAGAAGCUACGCGCCACCGGCCCCGUAUUGUGGACUCUUGAGUCUGUAAGCUGGAUCCCACUGCAGUUUAUCAACUUUCGAUUUGUUCCAUUAACAUACCGUGUCCUGUAUGAUAAUGUGGUUUCAUUCUCCUUUGAUACGUUGUACUCACUUGUGUAUCAUGCAGAUGAAAUCCCACCCACCAAUUGA